AUGUCAUCCCCGGCAGCUCCCAGCUUGUUGUACGCUGUACUGCAACUCCUUUCAACAAUGAUAUCUCUUGAGAUGAUGAUUCGCUUGAGGAGUGUGGGCGCCAUUGACGGAGAUGGGGAGGGCAACUAUGGAUAUGACAUCGCACCAAGCUUGAGAGAGGAGGAAGCCGACAACGUCCGGGGCUCUUCCCAGGCUCAUGGAGAUGACGAUACUGGUGUCGGAGGAGCCGUCACGCUAGAUAGCAGUGACGGCGACCUCAGUGAGAGCAACGAUGAGGAGGACAGUGACAAAGAGGAGGUCGAGGAGGACGGGGAGGAUGAAGAGGAGAAUGAGGACGGUGGAGAGGAAGACAACGACAAUAAACCCACUGAAGUCGAUCAAGUGAAUGAGGAAGGCAUCUUGGAGCACGGCAUCCGUGGUUUAGGCCACCGCGCCUAUAUUGCAGCAGCUGCAGCCUCACUCAGAGGGUCUCCAUUUCAAGAAGACUUCUUCAGUUGCCGAGGUGCUUCUAGACGGCGUGCUCCCAAGUCGAUUCCUCUAGUCCUUGAUGAUGAGGACCAAAAGCAACUCCCGCACAACAGCACCUUCGAACGUCGACUGCGGCGUCGACUCCCAGAGCGCUUCCCUGCCAGAGACACGGCCCCAACGGAGAGACAGACACACACCCGAACUACGAAUCCAUGCCUCAACACGUGCAUGCGAUUCCCAUUGACUGAGGCUAGCUGCCUCAAGUGCGACAUUCACACGUUCGUCUACUUCAUCGCCUCGUGCCUCUAUCUGUGUCGGAUUGUGUGGGAGGUUGUUCCACCUGAGGAACGGGCGGGGUGUUGGGAGCCGUCGUCCGACGACGAUGAUGAGGAAGGGAGUUCCCCAGAGCCGAGGAGAAUGUGUGGAUGGAAUGUGUGGUGGAUGUUUGUGGAGGAUCGUACUGAUGGCUCCUUGUAUGCAUGGAAGGCCGUCAAGAGACUCUGGAGACUCGUGAAGAGAGUGUGUCGUAUUGGGUCCUCGUGAACCAAGGAAGACGAAGCUCUGAAAGUACGACGAGGCGUAAAGGAUGAUUUUGUUCGGAGGUGUGCGAGAAUUCGAAAGCACAGCGCAUACAAUAUAUCCAGGGUUAUGAAGCUGUCAAGGCUUCUGUACAAUAAAAUAAUCCUUCUCAAAAAGAACUUUUUA